AUGCUGGUGUCAUGCAAGACCCAAAGCUUCUUUGGAUCCCCUCUGGAAUUAAAUGCUCACUCAGAAAACGCGCUGAUCGUGAGCUCGCUCUUCUCUUCCGAUGACUGCAAUGUGGAUGCCACCUGUGACACCUCUUCGCUGCCACUCCAGCAGCGAUCCGUAGUCCAGCUGACGCACCCCUUGGCACAUACCUUCUGCUCAGGUACCCUCAUAAAGGGGCCUGGAGACAAGGUCUACGUCCUCUCAGCACGUCACUGCAUUGCCACAUUAAAUGUUAACAUCGUGUACCCCUGGAGCUCCUACGGCGUACUCUUCAACUUCAGGCUGCCAUGUGGCGCGUCGCGAGUGGACAACAUCACCGCGACCUUCAGCGAUUUCCUGCAGGGCCUCUCGGUGGUGUUCCAGGAUGUGAACAGCGAUGUGGCGGUGUUCGAGCUGCUGCAGGACAUCCCGCCAGAGUGGAAUGUCAUGCUGGCAGGGUGGGACGCCUCCAAUGUUCUGAAUAACUUCACAUGGACGGAUGUUUCCCAUCCGGCUGGAGACUCGCAGAAGAUCGCAACUGGCAUGUGCGUGGAGAGCGUGAGCACAUUGGUGGUGGGGUCUGUGGAUGUGUCAAACGACACCGGCUGCGCCUCACCACACUGCGGAUACUUUGAUUCCAUCCUGUACGGCGGGUCUAUUCAGGCGGGAUCCAGCGGCAGCGGCAUCGUGCACGACGACCUGCACAGGGUCGUGGGUGUUCUCUCCAGCGGAGAAGGCGAGGACUGUGCCCACGCUGAGGAUCCCUACAGCCACGAGGGGCCUGUGGCCACAUCCGGACGCCUGGCUAGGGCCUGGGUCAGUGGGCUGUACCACCUGUUUGAUGGCGCCACCGUGGACCAGCCAGGCAGCGCCGAAUACACGAACUACUCGCCCCCUCUGCCCACGCUGAGCAUCGGGAACAUUGUGCCGGAGGUGAACCCCAUCCUGGGGCCCGCAGCCAUCUCCAUCCAGCUGCAGCAGGCCCCACAGCACACGACCACGGUGGAGAUUGCCUCAAUGGACAAGACCUUGAUCAGCGUCUCGCCCCUCAUCUGUGACCUUCACCGCCAGCAACUGGAGCACGCCGCAGUAUGUCAACCUGACUGCCGGGGUAUUGUGCGGAGCAGCAUGCAUGGAUCAAGCUUUUUCAACCCAGUGGUAGUGGCCAGUGUUCCCUACAAGGCCCACGGCAGCAUCUCGAAGUUCAACCCCCAGGCACCCUUCAUCACAUUUGACAAUGGGCCUUUCCUCCCCAGCGUCUACUUAUCCUACGCACCCUCUGUAGCUGAGGGCAAGUCGCAGAAUCAAUACCAGAGGUCGGGCAUGGCCUACUAUAUCGUCGUGUACCCGGCCGCCUCGUUUGUCGUGCCCGGCACCUCUGACCACUUCCAGGGCGACUUUUUGGUGAAGAUGAAACCCCUUGCCGUCGAAAAGGUAAUGGCUGCGCUCGAUAGGAGUGCACAGGUCCCUAGUAUCAACAGCGUCCCGUACGAGGCAUAUGGUUCCCCCAGCCCCACUGGCCAGAUGUUCUACUUCAGUCCCCCGCUGAGCACUCGGGUGGACAUCAGCACCUGCUUCAAUGCCACCACGGUCGCCACAGCCGUGUCCCUCUUGGAUGGGGAUACCCUCCUGCCCAUCAGCGACAGCGGUGAGGGGUGCGGCACCCUCCUGGACCAGCCUGUCGAGCGGGGCAAGGCAUACCUGGUCCUGGUCACAACCCCGCCCACCUCCGUGUCCCUCAGCCGCAAGCCCUCCAUGAUCUUGAUGAACCUGGACAUCUCCUCGGGGGCUCCCGGGGCGGGCAUGGGCUUUGGCGCGGUGGACGACGCCGACAUCACCACUGUUGCGAACCUGAAGGUCCGUGACGUCGGUGAUGGGCCUGCACUCAAGCUGGCCCUGGCUCCUCCCAAGCCCUGA